ACCUUUAGCAGACACACUCUAUUGCUCCCACCCACACAAAUUUUACAGAACUCAAAAGUUCCUUUUUCAUUUCACAGUCAAACAGCGGGCCUUGCUUGUUUAAUUCUAUCUGACACAGCUGAAGGCCUCCGAGAGUAGUUAAGGUCAUAAGUGUAUGCUAUACAAUAAGAGAGGGAGACAUUUUUUGGUUUUCGUUGAGUGAGAGGAAAUUUUGAAACAUUGUGCAAUGGUGCCGCAAAAGUUUUGAAAGGUUGUGAGAGUGUUUUGCCAGCAAAGCGUCUGAGAGUCGGUCCGUUGGAGAAAAGGUCUCCAUGUUGCAUCCAUACAGAAUGGAGAGCUACCUCAUCCCGCCUCAUUCAGAAGAGAUGUAUGAUCCAGAGAUCUACAGACAUCAAAUUACAGAAUAUUACAAUCCGUAUGUCCUAGAUGCAGAUAUCCAGGCAGAUCACUGGGACUACCACAGUCAUCCUCAUGUACACCCUGCAGAAUUUGAAAACCUUCAAGAAACCAACUUCACAGAGCUGCAGAGCGUGCAAGCUCUUCACCCACCCACCCUCAUGCGACACGACGCCAUAAGAUAUGACCCAGAAAACCUGCUCGAUCCAAGUCUUGGGACACAUCCACAUGUGUUACAGCAACCAGUAGCAUUCUUCCCUCGGGCUGUGUAUACACCACACGUGUCCCAGCGCAGCUCUGAUGAUGAAGAACAUGGAGGACGAAGUCCCCCACUGGAGGUGUCUGAUGAGGAGUGUCUGAGAGAUCGGGGUCCUUUUGUCACACCGGUAGAGCUGGGCAACAAAAAGAAGAUCCGUUUGUACCAGUUCCUGUUGGACCUUUUAAGGAACGGCGACAUGAAGGACAGUAUCUGGUGGGUGGACAGAGACAAAGGGACUUUCCAGUUUUCUUCCAAACACAAAGAGGCACUCGCACACCGCUGGGGAAUCCAGAAGGGCAACCGUAAAAAAAUGACCUAUCAGAAGAUGGCUCGUGCUUUGCGCAACUAUGGCAAAACUGGAGAGGUGAAAAAGAUAAAGAAGAAGCUAACGUACCAGUUCAGCGAUGAGGUCCUGGGGAAGAGUCAUGUAGAGAGAAAAUCAUACAUGUAGGCAUGAAGGAUACUGAAGUGUCUGGAUUGAAUCAUUAAAAGUGUUGACAUUAGAGUUUCUGGUGUUAGAGGCUUAAUCAACCUUGCUGUUCUGAUAAAUACAGUAGCAUUUUGUGAAUAGCACCAAUACUGCUGGACUGUGGGAUCAAUCCUUUGAUAAUAGUAGCUAACGCAUUCCAAAGCAUGGAACAAGAGAUAAGAUCCCAAAAGAUUUUCACUAUAACAAGAUAUGCUGGAGGAAAGUAAUUGCCAUAGAAAGCUCACUUUGGUUUAUUUGUCAUAAAGUAGCAGUAUGGAAAUACAGUUGUUAAAGUCAGUGUAGAAUAAAAUGUGUAGCCUGUCAUUUGGAAAUGAGUUAGGGGGUUUGUGAAUAGGUAGGAUGUGAAAAAAAACAUUAUAAGUAUCUCCUGUUAAAAUUGUGUCCCUCCCAGAUUUGCCCUGAGAUAUGCAAAACCUGCACUCUAGAGCCUGCCCACUGCCAGGUGGCAGCAUCAAGCUUAUUCACAGAGCAGCAAUUUAGAUGUGGUGGCCAAAGUUGGCACUGCAAGUCAUGUGAUGACAGGGGCUCAGAGAGAUGUUGGCCAAACAUACAGAAUUUAAAUAACUAAUAAACAAAUUUAAAAUUAAGCAUCACACACAUCGAAGUACUCUUUGGAUAUCAUGCUUUAAAUCAUUAGAUCAAAUACACUCAGCCAGUUUAUUAGGUAGCAAAAACUAAGUGUAAUACAUUCAUUCUAAUUUAAAUGAAUUUGGGCAGGUUAAAUAACUGAAACACCUAUCUGCAAUACAUUUCUACAACAACACAAACAGCAUUCUCCAAAAUGACCAUAGGGCUGAAUCAAAAAAAAAAAAAAAACCUUGACCCUACUUCGUUUCAUAAAGGUAGGAUUUAUUGCUGCACUGUUCUAUUAGACCGAAUCAGUCUUAGCUAGCUGAAUCUAAUAAACUGGCAACUGAGUGCAGAUUUCAAAAGCCAUCGACUGCAGCUGACAUCUGUGAGAAUGCAAGAGUAAGACGCCAAAGCAUGAGCAUUAUAGGGUUGCAAACAGGAAGCAAAGAGACUUUUUUAGCAUACCGUAUGUGCUGGGUGAGCAACUUUAGUUGAAAUGAAAAGGCCACCCUUCUGAACUCAUCCAAUGUUAAAUAUAUCCAGAAGAUGCCAGUGCAUAAUUAUGUUAAUGCAUACAGCUAUAAAACCACUACUAGCUAACAUGAGCAUCUACAGUGAUAGUAAACUCUAUAAGAUCCCAGUUGUCACUGGUUUUGAAAUCUGGAUAUACUAAUUUGUAUAUUUUUGAAGUUGGGCAGAGCAUUUUCUUUUCUUUUCUUCUCUUUUCUUUUCUUUUCUUUUCUUUUCUUGUCUUUUCUCUCUGAAUUUUUUUUUUGAUGAUACCACUCUCAUGACUGUAUGGUAACUACGAAGCUAUGGAGUUAGCUUAGCAUUAGGACUGGAAACAGUGGGAAAGAGUCUGUCUGGCUUCCUUAGACUUAAAUAUAGUUUGUGGAGCCAUUUGAUGGACUGUUUCUUGGUUAAGUUGCCAGUACACCAGCAGAGACUGGGUUUAGCUUUGUAUUAACUUUAUAGACAGGACAGUGGUAUCAAUCUUCUCUUCACAUUUAAGUGAACAACUCUCAUGUCAAACUAUGUACAGUCAAGAGGAAAAAUGGAAAAGAGGUAGGGGGGUGUUGCAUUUACAUUUAUGUAUGCCAUGCAUUUUAGACCUUAGGUAUGUAAUUUUACAUGUAGGUCUACACAUAUAUCAGUGCAUAAUCUACUUGGAAAUGUCUCUUUACACAUUUUUUGUAUUAAAGCCCAGAUUUUGUUUCAUGAUAUGUAACCACUUGCAGUGCUCAGAGAGUUGAUGGUUUGAAAACUCCACAAUAGUGAAGUAGUAGCCUUCUUCCUGCUGUUUUUGACUUUUCGUGAGCAUGCUAAAGUUCUCUUUUAAUUGUGGGCAAUGUUACUGUAUGUAUAUAUUUUCAUUUCCAUGUACUAUUUAAAACAGCAAGGUUACCAAAAAAAAAAAAAAAAAAAGUCAUUCAUGAGAUGGACUAACCUACAGCAUUCACCAUGACUGGGUUAGAUAUACCAUUAUCACAGUUAUUUACAUUAUAUUAAAAUGGUUUGUACAAAUACACAAUACUCUGUAUGUUAUAAUUAAGAAUUGCUUGUAAAAAUAAAAUUGUUCAUCAGU